UUGCCCUGCUGGCAAUCUGAUUAACAAGUAGUGGUGGAGAGGACUAGUGGAGUUGUUGAGUGGACCAAAUCCUUUGUCGGCAAUCCUAUUAAGAGGUAGUAGUAGUAGUAGUAGUGUGCAGUGGAAUAGAGUGGAGUGGAUUAGUGAGGUUGAGGGGACCUGUUGCUCUGUAGACAAUCAUCUUAGUGAAGUGGUCAUAAGACCAGCCCACAUAGCCAGGAUCAGUAUGAACCCCUGUGGGCAGUCACACAGUGGUGGGCUAAGGGGAGACCACACUGACCACAGCACAGAGCACAUCCAAUGAUCAGCAUCUACUUGGAGCCAGUCAAAGGACACUCAUGCCUCUCCGGAAGGAAACCCUCAGAGACGUCUGGACAGACGACCGGUCUCAAGAAAGUCAAGAUAUGUCCACUCCACAUAAGGUAAAAGACAAUCAUACCAAGUUUUAAAAUACAAAAAGAUACCUACAUCAGGGUGUGCCUUUGCGUACAUUUUUAAGACACUUGUUGUCCAUUUUACAUGUGUGUGUGUGUGUGUGUGUGUGUCGUUUAGUUCCUGUGUUGUGUUCGAGUCAAAGUUGGUUUGGGGGGGGGGGGGGGGGGGGUCCGUUAUCACAUGUGUAUAAUGGACCUGUGUUUGUCCUCUAACACACCUCCUCCCCUGCCAUGUUGGUUCGUCCCGUUGACGUGUCUCUGCCUUUGAAGAGCUGAUGACUUUACACAUAAAUCCUAUUAGCAACUUUCUGCUGAUUGCCAGCCAUUGAGUCCCAGGCUACUCACUCGCUUUAUUAUCUCCAUUGUGUUGAAUUUCCCCCCUCCCUCUUCCUUUUAAACUAAAAACUUUUAUGGAAAAGAGGAGUCUGUAGUUUGUUAGAGCUGAAGUCACUGGCCACACAAUGUCUGCAGAGAAGGUAACGUUAUCGAAACUGUUUUGAGGGGCUUUUCUUGUCGAAGGGACGCCGGAGAGAAGGAAUAUUCGCGAUGGGUCCUAUAAAGUUAAUAACAUUUCUCAUAUAGCAUUUUGAUUCAUUCGGAUAUACUGUAAUGGUGUUUACGAUGACUACGGGUCAAAUUACUUGCCCUCUUGAUUGCUAGACAAUUCAGUGGAUAGAAAACCGGUUGAGUGAUUGAGCAUGCUGCUGUGGUAUUGUUACAGUUCUAAAGUGACUGGUUUUACCCCAGCCUGUUGUGCGUCGUGAGUAGCCCUUCCUCACAGGAGUAGGACGGGAGCCUCCUGUUUCGUAGCGUGAGGCAGCUUCAGUUAAAAAGGACACCCUCUGGAUGCGAGUCUAUCACAAGGCCCCCAAAUCUAUCAUCUUAACGCAGAGUGCCAAGCAGAGGUGCAUUGGGUCCCAUUGGUAUCACUCGGACAGCGAUCAAACUAUUACACCUCCAAUCGUACUUUAACCGCAAGGCCAGAAUCGGUGUCUGUUGCGUAUUGAUGGUUAUGUAGAAUUGGCCACUGGGCUGUGAUGAGGCUCUGGUACAUUUGUGAGGUAACAUAUUUGCUGUGAUGUGGGAAAGGGGGUAGGGGGGGGGGGGGGUAGAGGGUCAAUGUUGACUCUCAUUCAUGAAAUAGCCAACAAUCUAUUUGAUGGACAUAUUCAGAUUUCUCUUGAAAAAAAUCCAUGAUGACCGCUUGGUCUGCAGGCCGCUAGUGGCAGCUUGUCUGAGGUGAGGACAGAAAUAGAGCCACAUCUUAAUCGGAUUACUGUGGGCCAUCCAUCGCUGCACUCCGUCGUCAGUCCGUGUUUAAAUGAACAGAAUAACAGUGACUGACCUUAUUCCAGUUUUCUUGGGAUGCUGUGGUGUGGUGAUAGUUGGUCCCCCCCCCCCACACACACACACAGCAGCCUUGUGUAAUUGAUAUGACUCUGUUUAUUACUCUAAAUCUCUAAAGCCCUACUGCUACAUUAUAAUAAUGUAACUUCAUUUUUUAACACUGGAUGUGACAAGACAUGUUUGUGAUUGAGGCAGGUGACUAAUGCUUGAUUGUUAGGUCACUGUGUCAGAAGGGCAGGUUACAUAACAUAGAAAGUAUUACCUAGAAUAUUAGAAUGAUUGUUAUCUGUUCCAAAUGUAGACAUUACUGAAUUGGCCACUCUUUCCUUUUUGAAAAUGAAUCGGUUUUAAGAGAAUGUCUUGACAGUCGUAAAAAUAUAUAAUAUGGGAUAAUCAAGUAUACUGUGUUUAUAGAAGUGUGAUUUGAAAUGUACAGUGCUUUACUCGUUUCUGUCUCCAUACAUUUCUGCUUGCACCUUACUGUCUUUUGGAUGAUAAUGCUUUCUAUAAGCCAAAGAAGAAGGCCGAGUCAGCCAACCCAGCCACCAAUGGUGCCGAUGCCAAGCCCAAAAAGAGCAAGAACAAGAAGAUCGAAGAGCUGUCUGGAGAAGAGAAUCCUGCUGUUCAAAGUGGGAAAAAGGUCAAGAAAAAGAAAUCAGACGGAGAAAAAACAGAAAAGGAAAAAGUGAAAGGGAAAGAGAAAGACGAGCCAAAGAAGAAAACAAAAAGUGUGCCAAAGAAAAAGAAAGGUUCAGAUACAGAAGAAGAUGAUGAUGAGGAAGAGACUCCACAAAAGAAGGCAAAGAAAAAGACCACAAAAGAAGGUUCUGACAAAGAUGGCAUGGAGAAGAAAUCCAAAGCGAAAGAUGACAAAGAGUAUGACAAAAAAACGAAGAAAGACACCAAGAAAAAGGAACCGGCUUCUCUGUUCUGUGUAAAUGGAGAUAAGGAUAAGUCAGACUCCAAGAGCAAGAAGAAAGCAGCCAAAUCUGAUAGUGAUGACAGUGAACCAGAAACCAAGUCCAGCAAGCCAAAAUCAAAAAAGGAGAACGCCAACCCGGCAUCCAUGUUCGCAGCAGGGGGAGACAAGGACAAGGACAAGGGUAAAGACAAGAACAAAGACAAGAAGAAAAAGAAAGCCAAAGCAUCAGAGAGUGACGAUUCUGACUCCGAGGCAGAAAAAGGGACAAAAAAGAAAAAAGGAAAAGGGAAGAAGAAGAAGGAGGAGAGGCCUCCAUCCCCGGACAUUGAGUUUGACAGCCUGGAGGAGUUUGUCCUGCAGCCAGCCCAGCAGGGGGUGACGGUCAAAUGCAAGAUGACCCGGGACAAGAGGGGCAUGGACAAAGGCUUGUACCCCACAUAUUAUCUCCACCUCGACAAUGAAAAGAAGGUCUUUCUACUGGCUGGGAGAAAACGAAAGAAAAGCACAACCUCCAAUUACCUUAUCUCCAUUGACCCCACAGACUUGUCUAGGGGUGGAGAAAACUUCAUUGGAAAGUUGAGGUCCAAUAUGAUGGGCACUAAGUUCACAGUGUUUGACAAUGCUCUGCAUCCAGACAGAGCUCUACCAGACAUGUCCAAUGCUCGCCAAGAACUAGCAGCCAUCAUUUAUGAAACUAAUGUCUUGGGAAUAAAGGGCCCCAGAAGGUUGACCGUCAUCAUCCCAGGGAUGGGCAAGGACAGUGAACGGGUACCCAUCCGACCUCGCAGCGACAACAACGGUUUACUGAUGAAGUUCCAGAACAGAAAGAUGGACAAUCUGAUCGAACUCCACAACAAGACCCCCACGUGGAACGACGACACGGCGUCACAUGUGCUGAACUUCAACGGCAGGGUCACACAGGCCUCCAUCAAGAACUUUCAGAUCAUCCACAGCAAAGAUGAGGCCUAUAUUGUGAUGCAGUUUGGACGAGUAGCAGAUGAUGCUUUCACUCUGGACUAUAGCUACCCCAUGUGUGCGGUGCAGGCCUUUGCCAUCGCUCUAUCCAGCUUUGAUGGCAAAAUAACCUGCGAAUAACAGGAAACCAUGGGCCCCUGUGCCGCCUCAAGCUGCUGCAACUCGUUAUAUUACAGAUGCACACUACCAGAAAGAAGAAUUUCCUUCACCACUCAACAUCAGUGCAAGGUACACAGAAGGAUGGACGUCCUAGACGAGAUGGGAAUCCAAGUGCAUUUGAUAACACAUGGACUGCCUUCUGGGAUUGUUUGGUUUGUUUGCGUCUCAUGCACAGGAGGCUGCUGAGGGGAGGGUGGCUCAUAAUAAUGGCCCGGAACUGAGCUGACGGAAUGGCAUCUUGAAGACAGCUUGGCUGUCGAAACGUUGGUAAUUAAAUUUUUGCAUCUGAGCUCCUAGAGUGUGCGGCUCUCUUUUUAUUUUCAGGAAUGGCAUCAAACACCUGGAAACCAUGUGUUUGAUACCACUCCACUAAUUCCACUCCAGCCAUUACCACGAGCCCGUCCUCCCAAAUGAAGGCGCCACCAACCUCCUGUGGUCUCAUGAUAAUGAUAAUCAUAAACUUUUCUGGGAACAAUGUUACUUUGUCCAUAGGAGAUCCUUGCUGAUGCUGCAUGCAAGGCUGAGCACUUGAGAUGUGGUGUGCUUUGGCAUUACACCAUUUCAGUUUCGGGGGAUGCAGACCAAUUGGGGGAUGAAAGUAACACCUGAAGACAGGCUUUCAAUCUCCCUCCCAUCUACAUCAAGGAUUUUAUAGUAUGUCCAAUUCAUUCUGUUGUAUUUCGUUUGGAAGGCAAAUCCGAUCAUGUGUAAUCUCAAGUCCGUUGGUAGAAAAACUGGGUCUACGUGGACUUAUUUAGGCAUACUUGUUCUUAUUAUCAGUAGGGUUACGUUUGUUUCCAUGCAUUGUGUUAUGUCAACAUUAUGAAAUUGACCUUAUUUUAGCUCAAUAUGUGCUUAUCAGAUGUCUACUGUAUGUUCAUGUUAGGGAUUUUUAUCACCAAUAUUAUGACCUCCUUAAACAAAUUAGAGGUUUCAUUGUGAACACUUAAGAGGCAGUGGCACAAGGCAAUAUGCUUGUACCAAUUGACUAUUUUACUAAUCUCAUUUGCUGUUCUCAUUCCACUCAAGCAACAAUUUUGUUGUUCUGAUACCUGCCUUUUUAUGUUCUUUCUAUGUACAGUUGAAGUCGGAAGUUUACAUACACCUUAGCCAAAUACAUUUAAACUCAGUUUUUCACAAUUCCUGACAUUUAAUCCUAGUAAAAUUCCCUGUUUUAUGCCAGUUAGGAUCACCAUUUUAUCUUAAGAAUAUGAAAUGUCAGAAUAAUAGAGAAUGAUUUAUUUCAGCUUUUAUCACAUUCCCAGUGGGUCAGAAGUUUUCAUACACUCAAUUAGUAUUUGUUAGAAUUACCUUUAAAUUGUUUAACUUAGGUCAAACGUUUUGGGUAGCCUUCCACAAUAAUUUGGGUGAAUUUGGGCCCAUUCCUCCUGACAGAGCUGGUGUAACUGAGUUAGGUUUGUAGGCCUCCUUGCUCGUGCACACUUUUUUCAGUUCUGCCCACACAUUUUCUAUAGGUUUGAGGUCAGGGCUUUGUGAUGGCCUCUCCAAUACCUUGACUUUGUUAUCCUUAAGCCCUUUUGCCACAACACUGUGGAAGUAUGCUUGGGGUCAUUUGCCAUUUGCGACCAAGCUUUAACUUCCUGACUGAUGUCUUGAGAUGUUGCUUCAAUAUAUCCAUAUCUUUCCCUCCUCAUGAUGCCAUCUAUUGUGUGAAGUGCACCAGUCCCUCCUGCAGCAAAGCACCCCCACAACGCACAAGAUGCGUUCAUCUCUAGUAGACAGAACACGUCUCCUUCCUGAGCGGUAUGACGGCUGCGUGGUCCCAUGGUGUUUAUACUUGCGUACUAUUAUUUGUAUAGAUGAAAGUGGUACCUUCAGGCGUUUGAACCAGACUUGUGGAGGUCUACAAUUUUUUUUCUGAGGUCUUGGCUGAUUUCUUUUGAUUUUCCCAUGAUGUCAAGCAAAGAGGCACUGAGUUUGAAGGUAGGCCUUUGAAAUACAUCCACAUGUACACCUCCAAUUGACUCAAAUUAUGUCAAUUAGCCUAUCAUUUUCUGGAAUUUUCCAAGCUGUUUAAAGGCACAGUCAACUUAGUGUAUGUGAACUUCUGACCCACUGGAAUUGUGAUACAGUGAAUUAUAAGUUAAAUAAUCUGUCUGUAAACAAUUGUUGGAAGAAUUACUUGUGUCAUGCACUAAGUAGAUAACCGACUUGCCAAAACUAUAGUUUGUUAACAAGAAAUUUGUAGAGUGGUUAAAAAACUAGUUUUAAUGACUCCAACCUAAGUGUAUGUAAACCGAGAAAUGUAUGUUCUCUCUUAGGCUAGAUUCUGACUUUGUAUGAAUCAUGUGGACAAGAGACUUAUAUUGACAAACAUAAGGCUCCAUUAUUGUUGUUUUGAUAACGAUUCUUAAUGUAUGAUCAGAAGGUAACAAUGCAUUUCAGUGUCUUGCGAACCAAAGUGCAGGCUUGGAGAUAAAUUCAUUAUUAUUUGAGCAUGUUAUCUGCAAAAAAAUUAUGACAUGUUGAAAACAAAUUCUUACAGGAUAAGCGUAUUGUUGCACAAACAAUUUUAUUUUACACCUGCUACGUUAGGUUGCACAAAUCCAAAAGAUGACGCUGUAGUUUACUGUGCAUUUGACAGCACUAUACUAGUGUUUACAUUAAAACGAAUUGGAAACUCAA